CGAUGGAAGAAGUUACCAAACCUAAGAGGCCAAUUUCUGACCGGCGAAUCAACGGCAGCGACUGAUCUUCCAGUAGCUGUGCACGCAACUCAUCACAGAAUCACUUUUUAAGUCUGAAGGCCAGAGAAAACGAGACUCCUCCGCGUCUUGCCUACUAGUCUAUUUACUUUUUUCAGAAUUAAACGUGUGCUGCUUGGAGAUUCGAGUGCAGAGUCGCGAACGAUGAGAGGUAAUAAUUCCGGGAACUAUAGGAACCCAUGUCUGACUAUGCAUCAACCCUGGGCUUCUCUGCUCGUUUACGGGAUUAAGCGCAUUGAGGGCAGGUCAUGGCCUGCUCCCGUCAGAGGUCGUCUUUGGAUUCAUGCUGCCAGUAAAGUUCCUGAUGAGUCUACUAUCAGGGCAAUGGAGUACUUCUACAGGGAGAUUUAUGCUGUAAAUGGAAUAACUGAUAUUAAGUUUCCAGAGCAUUAUCCAACUUCAAGGCUUUUGGGUUGUGUUGAGGUUGUAGGCUGCUUAAGACAGGAAGAGCUAGCCUGCUGGGGGAAGGUCCCUGAAAGCGUUAGGCUGGAAGCUCAAACUAAUUAUUGCUGGCUAUGUGAACAUCCACAGAAAUUGUUGAUUCCAUUUGAGAUGAGAGGAUAUCAAGGUGUUUAUAACUUGGAAAAGAAGAUAUAUGAAGCUGCAGUUAGAGGUCUGUCUCCUGUUGCGAGUCCGCUUCCAGUGAAGUUUCCCCUUCCAGAUCCACAUGAUUCAUUUUCAUUGCAGCCAGGCUGCAUCUCUGUGUCUUCUCCUAAUUUGGAAGCAUCUUCUGAAGCAGACAGAUCAUCAACCCUAACUCUGGCCAUAGCUGGCGCACAAGAGGCAGCUUUGCAGUUCUCAAAGAAGGAUCAGAAUUCUCAAACUGUUGUUCAGAACAAUAUACCUUAUCAAACAAAUACUAGUUAUAAAGAGACCGAAACUGUGAAAUCUUAUAAUUUACGAUCACUGAGCAGAUCUAGGGAAAAGGAUAAAACAUCAUCCACUAACUACAGUGAGACAUUUGAUGAUGGGACUUUCCCAUUAUAUCAUGAGGAUAAAAGGAACUAUGGCCAGUACGAGGGAAGCAGUAGGUACAAUCAAUAUCGUGGUGCAGAUGGGAGACAACCUCUUCAACAACCAGCUAAGGGGUCUAUGGCAUCAAAAAAGGAGGAGAAACGAAGAGUUGAAAGGUAUGAAGGAAGCAGUAGACAAAUUCGAUCUUCUGAUGCAGCAUUGAGUCAUACCCAGCCUCCAUCUAAGAGCCAGGUUGGGCUGUAAAAGGGGAAAAGAGGUGAAGCUGGGCACUUGCAUAUGUGCAUGCAUGAUCCUUAGCAUGCUCUAGCUCCCUGGGGAAAUAUGCAGCAUUUUCUCUUUUCUGAAUUUCAGUCUCUGCCUACAUUAUUUUAAUGACAUACUGCUAACAAGUAAAAGAGAACUGAUAAAGUGGUUCCACUCCUAGUGCUGACUGCCUCGUUGAUAGAUUUUUGCUGCAGCGGUCAGAGGCCUGAAGCCAUGAUCCUUGGAUAUGAUGUGCUACGCUGAGAUGGAAGUGGAGCUCGGAGCCUGAAAUUAAGCAUAGAAGUGAAUGAUUUCGGGACCUGCUUUGUGUGGCUUCCAAAUAUCUUAUUGUCUAGCUCAGCCUCUUGUUUUAUUGUAUAUCAUUAGAGUAACCGAAGCUUGUUUACUCGAUUAAAUGAUGUGCAUGGUAGAUUUUUCAAGUAAUGGAAUGCAUGCUCUGUUUAACGUUGGAGAAGAA